AUGAUAUUAUCAUCCACUAAUACCAAAACAACCAAAAUCAUCUCCAUAUUUUUAUCGUUUGUGUUUCUAUAUUGCUACUGUUGUUAUGCCAAAGACAGCAUAAUCGGAGGGGAAUUCUUGAAUGAUGAUGGUUCAUCUUGUUUAGAGUCUGAGAACAAGAUAUUUCAAAUGGGUUUCUUUUCCCCUAAGGAGACAACAGAAGUACCACGGUAUCUGGGAGUGUGGUUUACUAUGGAUCCCAAGACAGUUAUUUGGGUAGCUAACCGUGAUGUACCUCUGCUGGAUCACAGUGGAUUUCUUACCCUGUCUAAAGAAGAUGGUAAUGCUAAGGUGCUAAACAAGAGUCAAAGUGUUCACUUCACGACAUCAAUAGCAACAGGUAACAUGUGUUCAAUUGCAUCAACUUAG